UCCUGUCAAGCUGCAAUCUGCGUCUUUUAAAGGCUGCAGUUGAUGUGUUGGGGAAAUGCUGUGGGCUCUUCUUAAAUGGUCUAAAACAAUCUUCCUGAGUGUCUUUAAACUGGGAGAAGUCAUUAGGUGUUGACAUUUCGCUGAGUUCAAGACUUUAACGGACUGCAGUCGCAGAUAUGAGCUUGUUUGGAUUUGUUUUGGUUGUUCUCACUCAUUUAUCGAGCGCUAUUCCUCUUCACGUAGAUGCCAUCAUAGUACAGAUCCAGCAAUGGGGAGUGGUGGGACACCAGCAUGUCACAGAGCAAGUUCUGCUCAAUGGAGUCUCUCUCUUAAACCCAAACCAAGAGGUCAAAAGUAUUAUUAAAAGCAUCUUUACCCAUGCCCUUCUACCAGCUGGAAUUGACAACAAUCCAACUACAGCUCUGAACAAUCAUACCAUUCUUCGGUCUCGGGAAUGCAUCAUAGAGGGGUCGCGGCUCCACUGGGCUGACCGGGUGUUUUACAAUGGCAAGGUUUUUCUCACCCUUGAGCACAACGACACCUGGGCAGCCCAUGUACCAGAGGCAACAGCUCUAAGACAGCUAUGGAACCAGGAGCACUCGCAGAUGGAGAGGAGACACCUGCAGGAGGGAUGCACAAAGCUGAUGAAGGAGCUGAAGCUUUCAGAGGAACAGUCAGCUCAAGAAGUUCCUCUGCCCAGAUAUUUGGUUCCUAUUUUGGCUGUGACUGCUUUUUUAAUGCUUAUUAUAAUGACCAUUCUUCUCUCCAGAAGCCCAGGUCUAAGAAACCCUGGAGGUGUAAUUGGCUCCAUUAUCCAUUACCCCAAGGAUAUGACUGACACUGCUCCUACAAAGAAAGGUUCUUACAGUACACUGUGACUCAAAGGCUUAUGAAUAAAUGGUUGUAGCAUAUUGUUUGUAAA